GCAGGACGUCGAGGCCUCUGUGAGCACUCCCUAAAAUAUUUAAGCUCAAAAAUCACGGAGCGGAAGCUGCAGGGUGGCUGGCUGCCCGCGGGCCGGGGCCGGCUGGAGAAGCCCUUGGUGGGGCCGCGGGGCUCCGUCGUGCCCGUGUUCAGCCCCCAGAACGGCCCCCACCCGGCGCCUGCUGAGAACGGCCCGCUGAAGCCCCGGGUGGUGACCGUGGUGAAGCUGGGCGGGCAGCCUCUGCGCAAGGUGACCCUGCUUCUCAGCAGGCGGUCCGUGCAGACCUUCGAGCAGCUCCUCACGGACAUCUCGGAAGCCUUGGGCUUCCCACGCUGGAAGCACGAUCGCGUGCGGAAGCUGUUUACCCUCAAGGGCAGGGAGAUCAGGAGCGUCUCUGAUUUCUUCCGAGAGGGCGAUGCCUUCAUAGCCAUGGGCAAAGAGCCGUUGACGUUGAAAAGCAUCCAGGUGGCUAUGGAAGAACUGUACCCCAACAAAGCCCGGGCCCUGACCUUGACCCAGCACAGCCGGGUCCCUUCGCCAAGGCUGAGACACAGGCUUUACAGCAAGGCUCUGAAAGUCGGGGAGCCGGAGAGCACCAAGAGCAGUGGCGAGGCUCCCCGGAGCAAGGCGGCCGCCGGGCACCAGGGGAAGAGCCCCGUGGAGCCUGGGGCUCCCGAGGACAGGCCCAGGGCCUGGAAGAAAUGGGUGAGGGGGAGACGGGAGCCUGAAGCAGGUAGCAAGCCGCCCAAGGAAGUGGAGGAGAGGCGCGCGAGCACAGAGAAGCCUCCGGGGGCCGAGGGCGAGAAGACCCCCGGUGAAAUGAUCAGGUGCGAGAAGUGCAAGAGAGAGAGGGAGCUGCAGCAGAGCCUGCACAGGGAGCGGCUGUCGGUGGGCACCAGCGAGCUGGACCUGGGGCAGUGCCACAGGUAUGGCACGGAGAAGCUGGUGAGGACACGCAGCUGCAGGCGCUCACCUGAGGCCAUCCCCGCCCGUGGGGAGGGCGCGCGCAAGGGCAACAGCCACAGGAGCAGCCCCAAGGACGGCCCUCAGGAGCCGAGGAGACCGGGCAAGAGCCCAGACCAGAAGGAGGACAGGGACGCAGGGGGCCAGGACAGCCAUGCUCCCACAGCAGCCAGGGCGCAGAAGGACACUGUGGAAGUUCCAGUGGCCACAGAGGAGGGGCUGCGACAGGUGAAGAGGGAAUCCAGGCUCCUUUGCAGCGCCAAGCCUGGCGGCUGGCCCUGGGCAGAGCACCAGGCCGGCUCCGAGCAGGAGAAAAAGGCAGGUGUGUCGGCCAGGAGGAAGACGGUGCUCAGGGAUGAGCUGCCCGCCCGGGCGGAGAAGGAGCCCAGGACGAGGCCGGAGGAAAAGAAGCCGGAGCGGCCCGGCGGCCGGAAGCCACGGCCCGCGGGCAUCAUCAUGGCCAGCGUGGAGAAGCACUAUGAGGCCGGCCGCGUGGUUGGGGACGGCAAUUUUGCCGUGGUGAAGGAGUGCAGGCACCGCGAGAGCAGGCUGGCCUAUGCCAUGAAGAUCAUCGACAAGUCCCGACUGCAGGGUAAGGAGGACAUGGUGGACAGUGAGAUCGCCAUCAUGCAGAGCCUGUGUCACCCCAACAUAGUGAAGCUGCACGAGGUGUACGAGACCGAGACGGAGAUGUUCCUGAUCAUGGAGUACGUGCGCGGAGGGGACCUCUUCGACGCCAUCGUGGAGAGCGUGAAGUUCCCGGAGCCUGACGCUGCCCUCCUGAUCCUGGACCUGUGCAAGGCUCUCGUCCACAUGCAUGACAAGAAUGUCGUCCACCGGGACCUGAAGCCAGAGAACCUUCUGGUCCAGCGAAAUGAGGACAAAUCCACCACCUUGAAACUGGCUGAUUUUGGCCUUGCAAAGCACGUGGUGAGACCGCUGUUUACUGUGUGUGGGACUCCAACUUACGUGGCUCCUGAGAUUCUUUCUGAGAAGGGUUACGGCCUGGAGGUGGACAUGUGGGCCGCCGGCGUGAUCCUGUACAUUUUGCUGUGUGGCUUCCCCCCGUUCCGCAGCCCGGAGAGGGACCAGGACGAGCUCUUUAACAUCAUCCAGCUGGGCCACUUCGAGUUCCUCGCCCCUUACUGGGACAGCAUCUCUGAUGCUGCCAAAGAUCUGGUGAGCCGGUUGCUGGUGGUAGACCCCAAAAAGCGCUACACGGCCCACCAGGUUCUUCAGCACCCCUGGAUUGAAACAGCUGGGAAGGCCACGGCAAACCUACAGAAGGAGGCAUCCCCCAGCGGUGAGGGUCACUUCCGGAGCCAGCACAAGAGGACUGCAGAGCAGGCAUCGUAG